AUGCCUCCUCGGCGGGCUCGGGCCCCCUCAAUUGAUAAUACCACUGGGCCGGCGAAGCGAAAGCGAUUGAAAACAGCAAAAGCCCUAGAGACGAAUACAACAACCGGCUCGCCGUCGAGGGUAGUUAUCGUACGUACGAGGGCGAGGGCGAGGGCGCAGGCGUCAGAGCCAGCGAAGACCCCAGUUAAGCCACCUCGACGCCGUCGGGUAGUGGUGAUCCCUUCCCCAGCCCAGAGGGUUGCUCAGUUAGCAGAAACAGAGACAGGAAUAACUCAACAAAACCUCGAAGUUGACGAAGUCGAGGAAACCCAACCGGCAGGCCACUAUGAACACCAAGCUAUUGGGCAGUCAACGCCGGGCCAGCGACUUCAAUAUAACCUCAACCUCGAUGAGGAUCCUUUUGCUGUUACGCCGGCAAGGCCUGGUCGACGGCCUUUACCUGAUACCCCAACUCCUCGACGAACGCAACCACAGUCAAUCAAUUUAACUGUUACGUAUACUCCUCUCUUCUCAGGCGGUCGCUCGCCGCCAAAGCUUCCUGAGACUAUAUACAAGUGGAUAUUUGACGAGGAGAGCGAAGUUGGUCAUAAGUUGAUUAUCCAGUGGUCGAAAAUCGAGAGGGAUUUGGCGAAGCGAAUCGACGCCCGUUUAAGGGCACAAUAUAAUAUCGAGAAGAGCUGGAUUACCACGAAAAUCGCCUGGAGAAGAAUAGGAUUAAAAGCAGUAACUAUUGUAUACCGCGAAGAAUUCGCUGUUGACAGUGGCAACUGGCCGGUUGUUCCAUGGUAUGAUAUUUCGAAGCAAAUUAUCGAGAAUAGUCGCCUUGGUGAGGUUCUUCUCGAUGUUGAACUGGCCUACUCUGUCACUCCUACUGUAGCCGCAGUAGGAGAGCUAGAAGGCGUAGGAUCACCACGAGGGCGACCGUCUCGACUUAGUCAACGUCAGACUGUAACAAAUACGAUGCUUCAAGCGAUUGAAACAGAAGGCGAUCGAAAGAGGAAGUUAUUUCGAGACCUUCUUCGCCAUAAUCAGUGUAACGAUUCAGCAACCUGUCAGAAUACCUCGUCAGCUGAUCCAACAGUUAACUGGUGCUGGGUCAACGCAAGAAAACACUAUAAACUGACCGUAUUUGAUUUCGAGAAGUGGCAAGAAGCUAUUCAGAAGGGCGAGGAAGGCGUAUCAAUAUCAAACCCGCCUGCCCGCCUAAUUGUUGAUCUUGUUCAGCGUGAACAACGCGAUAUGAAAAAGCCCGAUAAAUCAGCAAAUCGAGGAGGCCAAAAUAGCCUAGGUGAAAAGUCUGCUAAUAGAGGGCUUUCAGACACACAAGACCCAGCAAAUACUGCCAAUAAUAAUAGCGCAGUAGUCAACUUCUAUGGCCUACCUCCGCCAGGCGGCCCAACGCAAUAUUGGCCAAAGUUGCCGCCGCCAACGAUGCCGCCCCAAUAUUGGGAUCUUGAGCCUCAAUUUCAACCGCAGUCAGGUGAUUACUCUGCCCGUCGGCAAGUAGAGGCUCCGAUUCUUGAUGAGUUCGUUUCGUGGUUUCUAGCUGUGAACGGCAAGAAGUUGGGUAUUGACGAAGUGAAAUUUACUCCGUUAAAGGCUUCAAUAGUCAGUCUCCGCGUUAUUCGUGAUUACCCAGACAGCUGGUUCAAGGAGGUAGGGUUUUCACCACAACUUACCGCAGCAGUGAGAAAAUCGAUCAAACUUUUCACUACAACACAGCAAUUUUACCUCCAACAGAGCGAACCUCUCGCCGCUGUACAAUCACUCGUACAGGCAACGAAAAAGCCAGCAGUUGACCGUGAGGUUGAAGACGAAGUGUAUAACCGACUUUUUGACGAGCGAUUCGGAGAAACAGGCAAUAUCGAACGAAGCGCUAGUAAAGUAGGCGAAAUAAGCGUUCCAGCGGGUAGGAUCUCCUCACCGCUGCCAACUGGCGAUAUUGAGUUUGGUCGAGGUGAAUUAGACCUCUUCGUCUCCUCGCCGCCGCCACCAAUCCUUCCUCCUAAUACCGAACAAAAUCCGAUCGAAGUCUCAGACUAUAUAUCGUCGCCUUAUACCCAAGAGGAAGAGGAGGUUAAACUAGGAUAA